UUGUUGAUCGAUACUACGUGGCCUAAUUAUGAGAGAUGACUGCUUUGUAGUUUCUCGUUCUUAGAAGUAGCUAGAAACAAUGUAUUUAAUAGCUUGAAUAGCCGUCGUUGGCGUGGCUGGUAUGGAUAUGCAGUGUAUUUUUCGAUUAUGGUGGAUAAUUUUGUGCUUAUUUUCUUGUUUUUCUACCACGAUUGAGCAUGUCGAACAACUUAGGCCUAGGCCUAUGACUUCCUCCAAUGACGAUGGCCGGACCGAAUCGGGUACGCCUAGGCCUAGGCCCGCUACUACCGGUACUGCUUCUAGGCCUACUGGUGGUAGUCGUUUGAACAAAGCUUCACUUAAAGCUCAGGUAUUAGAGAUGUUUAAUCAUGCCUUUAACUCUUACAUGCGGUUUGCAUAUCCAGCUGACGAACUAAUGCCUUUGAGUUGCAGAGGGCGUGUACGUGGUGAGAAACCAAGUAGAGGGGAUAUUGAUGAUUGUCUGGGAAAGUUUUCUUUGACAUUAAUAGACACAUUGGAUACGCUAGCACUGCUUGGAUACCACAAACAAUUUGAAGAAGCUGUGCAAUCAGUCAUUAAUGAUGUCACCUUUGACACUGACAUUGUAGUCUCUGUCUUUGAAACAAACAUAAGAGUAUUAGGGGGUCUGUUGGGUGCGCAUUGUGUAGCAUUGGAUAUAAAAAAUAAAGGACAGUACAUGCGGUGGUACAAAGAUGAGUUGCUACUCAUGGCCAAGGACUUGGGCUUCCGCCUUCUGCCAGCGUUUAAUACCUCAACUGGAAUGCCAUAUCCAAGGGUAAAUUUAAGACACGGCAUUGAUCCUGUCAAGUCGAGAACAGGAAAAGAAAAAGCUACUUGCACAGCUUGUGCUGGCACCCUUUUGCUGGAAUUUGCCACUCUUAGUAGGCUAACAGGAGACCCUAUAUUUGAGUUAAAAGCAAAGAAGGCAACACAUGAGUUGUGGUCUCGUAGACAGCGAUCUAGUAAUCUUGUUGGAACUGUCAUCAACAUUCAUAAUGGAGACUGGGUGAGGCGAGACAGUGGAGUUGGUGCUGGUAUUGAUUCUUAUUAUGAAUAUUUAUUGAAGGCAUAUGUUUUGCUUGGGGAUGACAACUACCUUGACUGGUUUACAGCUCAUUAUGAUGCUAUCAUGCGUUACAUUAGUGAUGGACCUUUACUGAUGGAUGUUCAUAUGCAUCGACCUAAAAUUAGAUCCAAAAACUUCAUGGACUCGCUGCUUGCAUUCUGGCCAGGACUACAAGUUUUGUUUGGUGAUGUGAAACCGGCAAUUGAAACACAUGAGCUUCUUUACCAGGUCAUACAGAAACAUAAUUUUUUACCAGAGGCAUUCACACCAGAUUAUAAUAUCCAUUGGGGUCAGCACCCACUCAGACCCGAGUUCACAGAGAGUACUUACUUCCUUUAUAAGGCAACCGGUGAUCCAUAUUAUUUAGAAGUUGGAAAACAGAUUGUGGAUAGUCUUCAACAGUAUGCUCGUGUCCCUUGUGGCUUUGCUGCUAUCAGAGAUGUUCGAACAGGGGGUCAUGAAGACAGAAUGGAUUCCUAUGUACUGGCAGAGACAUUCAAGUACUUAUAUUUACUAUUUGCGGAGAGUGAAGAGCUUGGAGUAGCUAUCGAUCAGUAUUUGUUUACAACUGAGGCCCACCUGCUGCCCCUAACACUGGCUCGUAUCAAGAAUAAUGACACCAACCAACCCAUACAAAAGGAAGACUGCGCGGAUGAUACAGUGUCAGUGAUACUGGAGCGUUCUUGUCCCAAUCAUAACUAUUUAUUCCCUGGCGGAGAACUUUAUGCACAUACAGUCAGAGAAUCAAUGCAGAUAAAAAGAAAGCCAAGUUGUGGCAAGGACUCAAAUAGUAAACCAAACCGUUUAAAAGCUUCAGAGUUUAUUCCUGGCAAUGCAGACCAGCUGAGAGACUUGAAAAGAAUGGGGAUUCGCUUAGUUACCAUGAAAGAUGGACGUGUUCAACUCAUGCACACUGCUUCACAAGCUGCUGAUACUCAAUCUGCAGAAGAUGGUCUGCUAUUCAUGCAAGAGAUGAUGAAACUUUCAGAGGCUCAACAACAAGCAGAAUAUCAACCACGAGCUGUCCAGUUUGUAGAACCAGCAGUAGUUGGUAAUAUUGUGCUGACUGCUAAUCCUGCACAGUUUGGGCUUGACCUACUGACAAAUCCAGGAGUAGCUGGUGGUGUGGUUGUUGCAGAUCCUGCUAAUGGUUGUUCUGCAUUGCAGAAUGGAGCAUCAGUGAAGGGUCAGAUAGCAUUAAUCACAAGAGGAGAUUGUAUGUUCAUUGAAAAGGCUAGGGUUGCACAACAGCAUGGAGCAGUUGGAGCCAUUAUCAUGGACAAAGAUAGCCAGAAGGAAAGAGAUGAAAGCCAUGCAUUUGCGAUGUCUGGAGAUGGAAGUGUUGAUGUGACCAUACCAGUACUGUUCCUAUUCUACAAGGAAGCUCAAAUAUUACUAGAUGCCUUAAAAAAAUACCCAGAUAAACUUCUUGUUGCAUUAGUUGAUAAAAUUAAUUCUGAAUAUGAACUUGCUCUUUUAAAGGAUGAAUACUAUUCGGAGAAAAGUGUCAAGGAAAGGCACAGAUCUUGCUAUGAUGCGGUAGGUGUAGCAAACCAUGAAGAUAUCAAGAGUUCUGAGAGUUUGCUAUGUGAAACAGACAGCAUGUCCUCCAGAAACAAAAAAGAAAACAUUGACAGCACAAAUGAGGAUAUGAUUAUAUCAAAAUACAGUCUGGAUUUUUUGCAAGAUAUUUAUGAAUUGAUGCUGGACCAGGUAGAACAGGGAGAGCAAUUGCCAGAACUCCAGGAAGCAAAAAUAAAAGCAAUGCAAGAAGUAUUAGGGAAUUCACAAAAAGAAACAGAUUUUUUGGAAGAAAUUUUAAAAUUAAAAAGUAUUCAGAAGAUAUUUGUGACUGAAAAAGGGGAGAAAAUAACAAAUCAUGAAUGGAAAGAAGAAAUUAAAAGAAGACUUAAUGAUAUACAGAACAGAAAUAAUGAACAUAAUAUAGACAUCUUACAGCAAAAUCUAAAUAAUAAUGGAAUUUUAGAAUUUGAUGAAAUAAAAAAUAUAAAUAAUAAUGAGAAGGAUGAAGCACAUAUAGAUGUGGAGGAGGAUGAACAUGAAGGGUUAUAAUGAAAUAUUCACAGUAUAAUACUUAAUUAUUUAUUACUUUUAAGAAAAUUAAAUCAUAUCAGCCUAUUAUACUGCUGUAUAUUCAUGAAUAUUUAAAUACAACAUAAAUAUUUAUUUAUUCAUAAUUAUUUUCUUUAUACAGGUCUCCAGUUAAAGACCACUUCUGGUCUUUGUUAAAUUGGGACCACAUAAAAGUGGUCUUUAAUUGGAGGGAGACCUGCAUUUUAGAAACUUCACGGGUCACAAUAAAAAAAAAACCUUUGUCCA